CGGGAGCCGCAGCUCCGCCCGCGGCCCUCGGCACAGGGGCCGGGUCAGGGGGGAGAACCCGCCCGGCCGCGGCCCCUCUACAGCACCGCCCUCAGCCAGGGAAUGUCCGGGAUGGGGGGACCCGCCGGUACCAUCCAGAACAACCUCGGCCCUGCCCGGGCACUCGCCAGCCGCACCCUGUCCCUCAGAGCGUUGUCCAAACGCUCCCUAGGCUCAGACUGUUCAGGACACUCCCUAUUCAGAGACUUGAGUGCUGUGGUUUCUGCUCUUAUGCUCAUUCCUCUCCUUUAUUCCUGAAGCGCUCACAGCAUAACAAACUCACAGUUUAUGUCCUGAAGUUUCCACUGUAAACUCUUUCCUCUAUGACCUUUAAGAAACCUGCAGAUUGAUAAAUAUAUGAAUAUAUAUGCACAAAUUUAUAGAUUUAUUAAUAUAUUAAAAUUAUAUAGAUGUAUACUUAUAAAUUUUAAAAAAUUAUAAGUCUUUUAUUUGUAAGUUCUCUUUAUAAACUGUUGGCUGAGAACCAUCCCCCCUGGUCUAGGGACACAGAUGAACAGAGAACACCAGCAGAUCAGUGCCUGUGUUUGUAUGGUGUAAGAGUUUCAGAAUUAAACUUUAUUAUGGUGGAGGAUUCACUGAUAAUUUGUUAUUGCCAAGGGAAUGUUGCUGAAAUAUGGAAAAACACUAAACCUAAACACUAAAGCUUUUCUUUCCACUUUUUAGGAGGAAAUAUUAACAUCAGGAAAUGGCAGAAGCAGUUUUUCACCCCCCAAGAAGGAAAAGAAGAGUUUUUGAGUCCUACGAGGGUCCCUUCCCUGUGGAUGUGGGUGGGAAGGAUUUCAGAAUGUGCCAGGCUGAAAUCAUCAACAACAACGUGAUUGUGAAGAACCCAGAGGAUAUUGAACAGCUCUAUAACAAGGGCUAUUUUGGAAAAGGAAUCCUUUCAAGAAGUCGGCCGGUGUUCAGCAUUUCAGACCCUCUGCUGGUUGCUAAGUGGCAAGGUGUUAACACAAACAUGCCUAUAAUUACAUCUCAAAAGUACCAGCGACGUGUUCAGUGGGCCAGGAGUGUUUUGCAAGAGCAAGGCCUUGAUGACUGCUCAGUUACCCAAAUCCUUGAAAAUUACACCAAACCUCUGGAGCUGACGGAGGGUGGAGCUGAACAAGCCGUUAAUAACAGAAUGGGCCCACAUAGAGAAAAUACUGAACUUUCCAGGCAACCUUCUGCAGAUGCUGGCAGUGCAGGAGCCCUGAGUGCUGAGGAUCAGAAUGGGGGCUCCAGGAAAGCCUGUCUGGAAGGAGAUGCAGGGAUGGGCCCUGUGUGUGGCUCUAAGGAACAGGAACAAGGUGACUCCAGAGGGCUGGAGGAAGGGUCCUGCCAGAAGGGUGGUGCUCCUGUGCUCUGUGGCUGUGAGGGGAAGCAGAGCCCUGAGCAAAGGGCUGGACAGGGGGGCGAGGCAAAGGAAAAUGCUCCAGAAUAUGUGUUGGUGCAAGAGGAAGAAGAAGAAGAGAGCUUAUGUCCUGAAGAUGACUCUGCUUGUUUACAAGGAAAUCUUGUCAAGAAGGAGAAACUGGCUUUUUUCUUGGUGUAUGCUCUGGGAUGUUUAAGUAUUUAUUAUGGUGAGCCCCCGCUGUGUGCAGCAGCCUGCGCUGGUUGUGCUGUGGUGUUGCUGUCUGGCUGUCCCGGUGCUCUGUGUCUGUCUGUGCAGUCCCAGUGCCCUGUGUGUGCUCUGCAGGAGCCCCUGACCAUCGUGCAGCUGUGGGAGGUGUUCAGCGAGGUGAAGCCUGAUUUCAAGACCACCUACAUGGCCUAUCACUAUUUCCGCAGCAGGGGCUGGGUGCCCAAGGUGGGGCUCAAGUACGGCACCGACCUCUUGCUGUAUCGAAAAGGCCCCCCCUUCUAUCAUGCCAGUUACUCUGUCCUUGCUGAAUUGGUGGAUGAUGAUUUCCAAGGAUCUCUCCGCAGACCUCUCAGCUGGAUGUCCCUGUCUGGGCUCAACAGAACAACUGCUAAUGCUUCCAAGGAGCUGAUGCUCUGCUACUUGAUUAAACCCUCUGACAUGACUGCAGAGGAGAUGUCAAGCCCAGAGUGUAUGAAGAGGAUCAAGGUCCAGGAACUGAUUGUCAGUCGUUGGGUUUCUUCCCGCGAGCGCAGUGAGCAAGAUGAAGCUUAACUGACUGCGUAGGAAAAAGUCACUUUUUUUAAAACUGCUUCUUGUUGUUUUUUACCUGAUCUCAUGAUGACCCAUUGCCUCAGAACAGCUCCUGUCUACACAUACAGUUGGUUUGUGUAAAUGCUAUUUAAAGCGAGGUGUAUUGUGUUUACUGGGGACAGUGCUGUAUUGGAAAACGUAACUGAGCUAUAGUGAUGCAUAUGAAGGGGAGGAAAAAUUAAAGCUGUGUUCCAGUUCAAAACAGAAAAUAAAAAUAAAAUAUGAAAGUAUAAAACGA